AUGUCCAGGAAAAUCGCUUCCGGAUACGAAUGUGUUCACAGUGCGAAGUCCUCAAAACGACAGCCAGGUCGACUGGGUCAUGACGAGAGCUGUAAGGAGCGUGAGGACUGUUCAAGUGAUCGCGGACGAGCUGGAAAUCCAAAAUUUAAGAGUCGUUAUGGGUGGAAAAUUGUUUCAAAAGAUGGGAAUAAGAAGAAAAGCAUGAAAAAGACCGAGGAAAAGGACAAGAAAAGCCCGGUAGGAACAGUGGAUAUUGUCUUUCAGUUUCAUAUUUCUUAUUCCACAUCAAGCCUAUUCUUUUAAAAUCGCAGUUUCAGGCCAGUGUACCAUCAAUUUUGAACAUAGGCCCGCAAAAAUUAGACUCCUUUGAAGAGCCAGCGGUGCCCGCUCCACUUCUAUCAUUUGAUAGUAUCCUCAACGGAACCAAAAAUAUCAUCAACCUAGCCCAUGAAAAUGUAGAACGAUUGUUUCUUCAAGCCGCUUUGGGCGUUCAAAAUCUGCCUCCUGGCACGGACGAGGCCAUUACUCUGAACUACCGCGAUUUUUCCAAUUGUUCAAGCAGGAGUUUGACACCGUAAGAGGAGAGAUUAAAACACGAUUUUUGAGUCAGGGCACCAGCGGUGGUCUUAGGAAAAAAUCGAUUUUGAGAUUUUUGGCUUAAAAUAGUCGGUAGCACUUGUGGAAGAAAAGCUAAAAAUAUUUUUGCCCAAUUUUGCCCGGAAGGCAUAUUUUUUUACAAAAUACGUUUUUACACUUCAAAGCCUCUGGUGGCCGAUGUGAUCCGAUCACAGAGAUCAAACCUUGCUUACAGGGGUUUUUGACACCCAGGAAUCUGAAAAUCGUAGCAUUUUUACCGUCAGAUUACUGUAACAUGGUCAUACUGUAAUCCGGUCGAUAAAAAUCGACGAUAACUUCUUUAGAUCAAAAAUGCCACAGGAUUUUAUUGCAGAUUCGGAAUCAGCAUAAAAUUCUGCUUCGGAUACAUGUAAAAUAUGUUCAAAAUUCCGUGGCCCAACCUCUGUAGUAUAGUGGUUGUGCGCCAGGAUUAUCAAUCUGGCGACCCAGGUUCGAUUCCCGGUGGCUGCAAAUGGCAGAAAAUGGACUAUAAAAGGGCGGAAGCUUGGAAAAAAGGGAAAAUAAAUUACAGAAAAUUGAUUUUAUGCUACUUAGGACCAGUUUAAAGGUUUUUGCAAGAAUUCCGCAUAAAUUACGGUUUUUAUGGAAAACGCCUCACAGCAUUCGUAAGAUCGCCCCAAAUGGCAACUAAAGAGUUAUGGUGAAUCUACAUAACGCUUGCUAUCCAAUGUUCAUCAUAUCCGCCGAGGAAUGCAAUACAAAACAAGGUAAAACAGUUAUUUAAUUUUCAGAAGGAAGCACGCAUGUUACAGCCCCGUAGUUUAGCCUCUGUUCCUUACCAACUGAGUCUCCAUGUAGAUUUAUCAUUAGAGCGUCCACGCGCUCCGUUUUUCGUGGGAUACGCAAGACGGCCUAAGUUUUACAAGCUGUGUUAUCCCGGUGCUGUUAGGGAAUCUUAUAUGACUUUUUGUGAAUCUUAUAUGACUUUUUGGUCAAAUAUUGUUCCGUUCGAUAAACCUCGGCCGCAGCUCGCCUUCUUAAAAUCCCGAAUUUGAAAGAAAACCCAGGCUAUCCCAAAAAUUUAACGAAAUAUGCAGAAAUGGCCUUAUUUCGUAGUAGGAAGCCGCAGUAACCUCUUCUGUAAAUUUUAACCAGAUUGCUCCACUUUCCGGUAAGCUAUAAGGCGUUUUCCGUAAAAACCGUAAUUUAUGCGGAAUUCUUGCAAAAACAUUUAAACUGGUCCUAAGUAGCAUAAAAUUAAUUUUCUGUAAUUUAUUUUCCCUUUUUUCCAAGUUUCCGCCCUUUUAUAGUCCAUUUUUUGCCAUUUGCAGCCACCGGGAAUCGAACCUGGGUCGCCAGAUUGAUAAUCCUGGCGCACAACCACUAUACCACAGAGGUUGGGCCACGGAAUUUUGAACAUAUUUUACAUGUAUCCGAAGCAGAAUUUUAUGCUGAUUCCGAAUCUGCAAUAAAAUCCUGUGGCAUUUUUGAUCUAAAGAAGAUAUCGUCGAAUUUUAUCGACCGGAUUACAGUAUGACCAUGUUACAGUAAUCUGACGGUAAAAAUGCCACGAUUUUCAGAUUCCUGGGUGUCAAAAACCCCUGUAAGCAAAGUUUGAUCUCUGUGGUCGGAUCACAUCGGCCUCCAGAGGCUUUGAAGUGUAAAAACGUAUUUUGUAAAAAAAUAUGCCUUCCGGGCAAAAUUGGGCAAAAAUAUUUUUAGCUUUUCUUCUACAAGUGCUACCGACUAUUUUAAGCCAAAAAUGUCAAAAUCGAUUUUUUCCUAAGACCGGGCCCCACUACUGGCUGACGCAGUGACUCAAAAAUCGUGUUUUAAGGCUUGAAUUAGGUGUUAUGAACAUUUUUUGGUGAAAAACCCGACCGAAAAUUCCUAGUUUUGGUGAUAAGAAGAAAAAACUUUCAGUUUUAGAAUUUUUACGAAUAUUCGCCGAAAAAAGUGUGAAGUCUUCAUUUUCAGUCCAUCUUUACAUCUGAACCCAUCUUUACCACCAAAGUCACCCAAAACUUCGAAUGCCCCCAAGCCAACAAAGACUCCAUACUCAAGUCCCAGCUAUUCAUCGGAACGAAUGACCCCAAGAAUCUUGGAAUCCGGCACUCUAAAGUCAUCGUCGCCCUGUGAAACCCCCACCGACAGUUUCCUCCUAAAACCGCCUCCAAACACUCCAAAUUUCGAUGUCGUUUUCAAACCCCUAUCAGACACCAAAUCCGAUGGAUCUCUAAGAGAAACCAACGCCAAAACGGCGGCCAUGUGUAUACUACAAGGACUGGGAUUGGUGGGGAGUACGAUGAGACAUCGAAGUCCAGUGAGUAGCAUGAGAAUCAAGGUAGGGCAGAAUUGGGGUGCCCAGGAUAUUAAUAUUUUAGGCACAUGGAAUGAUGGGAGAAGACAGUACGAAUGAAGACAUUGUCCCGGUCAAAGAUGCCCGUCUGGCCAGCUUCCCAAAGGCUUAUAGGGUCUGCUUGAAUGAUGAUAAGGCGUGUCAAAAUAAAAACAACGCUUCAUCAAACAAUUCGGGCCAGAAAAUUGAAGCUCCAAAAACUUGUGCUCCAUGUAAGCAAAUUUUUUAAGUUUAAUAUUACGCUAAAUUUAUUGAAUUUGUGAUGUCUUUUCAGCGAUGAUAGCUGCCAGGACCACCGAAAAUGGCCUCGACAUCGUUGUGAAGCUAAUUCUCACGGUUGGAAAAUACAGUAAGCCAAAAUUUUAAUCUUCAUUUUUUUGUUCCAUGUAACUAACUUCAAGCUAAUGCAUUUCUGUUCCAGAGACCAAGCCAGUCCAGCUGAAAUUCCGUGAAGGCGUCGAUCGACCGGCCGAAUUACUCAUUGACGGACAGAGCGUUUGGACCGGUGAGAAAAACGGCGGGUUUUUGGCUGAGAAAAAAGACACCUGA